GGUCCCCGCCCCUUUUGCAUUAUUUAUGAGGCAGGGGUGCAGGGUGCCCUCAUUGGGCGCGGGGAGGGGUCCACGCGCUGAGUUCUCGCCAUGGCGCCCGCGGGGGGCUGCCGGGGCUGGCUGCUGACGCUGUGCGCGGUGCUUGUGUGCCAGGCCGGUGCCGCCAUGGAUAGCCUCGUCUCCGUGGACUACGAGAUCUUCGGCAAGGUGCAGGGCGUCUUCUUCCGCAAGCACACGCAGGCCGAGGGGAGGCAGCUGGGGCUGGUCGGCUGGGUCCGGAACACGGAGCGGGGUACGGUGCAGGGGCAGGUGCAGGGCCCGGCCGCCACCGUGCGGCAGCUACAGCAGUGGCUGCGGGACACGGGCAGCCCCAAGUCCCGCAUCGACCGAGCCGAGUUCCGCAACGAGAAGAAGGUGGCGACGCUGCAGUACGAGGACUUUCUCAUCCGGAAAUAACCGUGGGCGGCAGGAGCGCAGCCUGGGUCGGCCCGGCCACCGCCUGCGGGGACUGGUAGUGAGACCGAGUUCUUUGGGGAAAGGUGAUGUCUUGGCCGACUAAAUUUAGAUAUCACCUUUCCCCAAAGGACCUGGUCUGGCUGUGUUGUUAAACUAGCACGGCUACACUCAACCCCCUGGGACUUGCAUUUUGUUGUAUCUUGUUACUGUAUUUAAGGUAUUGGUUUGUCAUGCUGCUAGGUGCACCCUGACACUUCCUGCAUGUGCACGCAUGGGAGAGUUGGACUGUGUUCAAUAAAGGGCUCACUCGGACACCCAGCCUUUGCUGCCCGAAUCUGUGCUGAAUGCAUUGGAACAGCACAAAUGGAGAAUCAAAGACCUCGGGUUUCCACUGUGGUGCCAUUUUUCAGAUGGUGCAACACGUUGUGAACGAUCACCCGAUUAGAUCAUUUAAUGGGAUCUAAAAUUAAUCCAUGCAGCUACCCCUGAAGCAGUAGAAUGGUUAUCAGAUUUGGAUAUUAAUCUACAAAUGUUGUAAUUCUAAAAUGUCAUAUGAAAGAAAAACAUUGGGACAGUGGUGAAUGGGCCGGCCAGCUAGUAGGUCACUUACUCUCUGGAAGUGUCACCCUUGACUGGGGAACUGAGACCGAGAAACCAAUAGGUUAGGGAUUUAGCUCCAUUCCAGUUGAAUAUUGUUGGAAGAGAGCUGUAAAUCACUCCUUUUAUAUCUUUAAAAAAAUCUUGCGCUCUUGGACAUGAAUGUCUCUCUCUCCAAUCCUACCAACAGGGAUCAUGUCCAGGCAUAUUUGUAUUGACUGCCUCAUCUAAAUUUUUUAGCGGCAGCGUUGAUUUAUUAGUAGGCCAACUUUCACCCAACCUGAGAAGGUUGUAAGAGGGUUGGUAGGAAAUGCCACUGCUGCUGAGGUUGCUGUUGGGGUGGGGUGAUGGCUUACAUGGGAUGGUUACAAGGUUCUGUCCCUUUAAAACUGGUUUAGUAGGAACCUGUUCAGUGGUUUGCUACUGUUGAAAUAAGAGGAGACUUGAGUGUUAGGCUCUUUCUGGAGACUGACAAGAGACCGGCUAGAGCUGUCGGCGGGAUGGGUUUUGGAGCACUGAGGAAACUGCUGUGAGGCCUGCCAGCUUGUUUUGCAGGUGCAGCUGCCACAGUGAGUCUGACGUGAGAUCAGACUAUUAGGGUGACCCUGAAGUUUUUCCCUGGCUCCUUUCUGUAAGUGAUCCUGGCCUGUUCCUUCCAGCUGUACAGUAACAGGUUUCUUCAGCAGCCUGAUUUCUCCCCUCCUCCCUUCCCCAUCCUGGAUCAUCCUGUGGUAAAUGUCCACUGAUGUGUCAACCCUUGUCUGGGACAUGGGGAUGCUACUGUUUGAUAGCCUGUGGGCCAGGCCAGUGCAGAGAUCCUUGCUCACUGGAACUACAGGGAGAAGGAGGAGAGGUGAUGCAGGAGGGAGCCUGACUUUCAGCAUAGAGUUAGGGACAUCCUCAGGACAUACCCUGCCAACACAGCCCUGCCCCCUUCCCUUCCCUUCCCACCCCAGCCCUUGCUAGACACCUCGCGCAGGCGCGCGAAAGUGACGGGCCGCCGCCGGGUUCCCUCACCGAGACUGGAUAACUACAUUUCCCAACAUG